AUGAGUGUGUACCUGUUGGUUCUAUGUCUUGCUUUGCUGCAGCAGGAGGGAAGAGCCGGGCCGGACCGUCCAGGCUGCAGUAGCCCUGAGGCGGUAAGGGUGGCAGAAGAGGCCCUGGAGCAGAUCAACCAGGACCGGACAGACGGAUACAUCCUGAGCCUCAACAGACUGUACGACCUCUCUCACACUCCUGAAAAGGAGAAAGGUGGUUCACUCUACAAACUGACCAUUGAUGUGAUGGAGACCAGAUGCCACAUCACCAGCAGGAAACCAUGGAAACAGUGUGAAGUCAGAGAUAUCGGUGGUGUUCCAGUGUAUGGAGAGUGUGAGGUAUCUGCCUUCAUUGGCUCUCAAGUCACACUUCAAAGCUACUCCUGUGCACUUCGUGAAGUUCCUGCCACUGCAGUGGUGGAUGUGUGUUCGGACUGUCCCACAGCUGACAACCUCAACGAGCCCGUCGUCAAGGAGACAGCCAAUCUCUCCCUGCAGAGGUUUAAUGAAGAGAGCCAACUGGCCAACUACUUUAUUCUGGAGAACAUUACGAAAGCCAGUUCACAGUGGGUUGUAGGUCCAUCCUACUUUGUAGAGUUCACUAUUUUGGAGACGGUGUGUUCAAAGAAAACAGAUGUCAGUGAACUGAGUAACUGCCUCCCUAUGGACUGUCAGUUUGCUCAUAGAGGCUUCUGUGUGGGCUCACACAUGACCGACGAGGAGCAGUUUGAAGUCAGACUCCCUGUCGGAAAAAAGGCCAGCUCAUUUCAGAAACGGAAUCCUGUAGAUGUAAAGUGUGAGAUCUACGAACCUCAGGCUGCCACUGUGGAGGAGCAGGUCCAUGCCAAAGCAGACAGUGGGCACACUGGGCAUCAGCAUCACAACCACACACACCUGCACCCCCAUGAGCACAUGCACUCAGUCACACCCAGCUCAGACCUCGCUGUCUCCAAGCCCCGGGGCUCCCUCGGGACUGUGGAGGAUCAGCCCGCCCCUGUCCGAUCAGCCCCAGCAGCCAGCUCCUGCCCCGGCCCGCACAGACACAAUUUGGGUUUAGACAGACUCAAGCUCUGAUUGGCUGGAACCAGGACAGUUGAUCUUUGAUCAGUUACUUAAACUACUUUUUUCCCUGCAUGUUGUAAUUGUUU